CCGCGCCGAGUGACCACCACCCAGCACCGCCCCGUCGGCAGGGCCGCGGCCAAGGAUACGCCAGCCCGGCCAGGCCGGGCGGAACCAAACUGAAAGUGAAAGUGAAUGUCGCAUCGAAAGUGAAAGUGAAUGUGAAUGCUAAGUGGUGCCUGGCUAGAGUCGCCACUGGCACGUUGUGUGGUGCCGCGAUGACUCCGGAGGCACGCUAGUGACGCUAGUGUGGCCAUGGCACCUGUUGAGGGCCCCCACGGCCGCGGGCCACACCACCAGGCCUCGCGCCACGCGCCCCCGCGCCAUGGGGCCACCCACGGCAGCGGCUAUGGCAGCGCCUACAGCGCCGCGCGGGACCAGCGCACCACCAGGCUGGCCGCCAAGGAUGGCGUGCUCCAGGACAAGCGGCGGGUGGAGGUGCUGGUGGCGUGCCUCGCCUUCUUCCUCUACUGGAACACCAUGCAGGCCGGCUUCGUCUACGACGACAGCCGCGCCGUGCUGAGGAACCCCGACGUGCUGGGCACCUCGCCGUGGUCCGCCCUCUUCCUGAACGACUUCUGGGGCACGCCCAUGAGCCACUCGGGGUCGCACGGCUCCUACCGCCCCGUGACCGUGCUGUCGCUGCGCCUCGACGCGCUGCUGGCCAGCCACGUCCUGGGCCGCGGCGUCAGCCCCGUCGGCUUCCACCUCGUGAACAUGGCUCUGCACGCGGUCGCCUCGCUGCUGGUGCUGCAGCUGGCCCGGCGGCUGCUGGGCCGCUGGGCCGCCUCGGUGGCCGCCGUGCUGUUCGCCGCGCACCCGGUGCACUGCGAGGCGGUGGCCGGGCUGGUGGGCCGCGCCGACCUGCUGUGCGCCGUCUUCUUCCUGCGCGCCGUCUACGACUACGUGCGCUACGUGGACUGGCGCGAGAUGCACCGGUGCACGCACAACAACGUCCCGACAAAGCUUUUAGAAUCCCCGGCGUACGUGCCCUCGACGGACCUGGUGAACAAGAUGCUGGACCACGUGCUGCUGGAGUCCAAGGGCGGGCCCCAGGGCAGGCCCGCGGGCAGGCGGUGCGCGGGCGACGCGUGCGCGGCGUGCGGCGUGCGCACCGUCGUGCUCCUGGGCUCCGCCAUCGGCCUCACCGUCUUGGCCACCCUCAGCAAGGAGCUGGGCAUCACGGCGCUUGGCGUCUGCUUCGUCUACGAGAUGCUCGUGCAGCACCGCCGGCGGCAGAAAAAAUUGGCGGUGGAGCCGAGCGGGCUGGCGCUGCUGGCCGGCGUGGCGGGGUCGCUGCUGCUGGCGCGGCUGUGGCUCAUGGGCCUGCGCGUGCCGCACUUCGCCGUGGCCGACAACCCCGCGGCCAAGGACCCCAGCCUGCUGACGCGCACGCUCACCUUCCUGCACCUGCCCGUCGUCAACCUGGGGCUGCUGGUGUGGCCGCAGCGCCUGAGCUUCGACUGGUCCAUGGAGGCGGUGCCGCGCGUGGCGUCCGUCGCGGACCCCCGCAACGCGCUGUCCGCCGCGCUGUACCUGUGCCUGUGGCGCCUGUGCCGCCACACCUACCGACGCCUGCUGCGCGCCGCCAGGGCCGCCGAGGACGCCGUCGAGGACGCCGAUGACGUCGGCCUCUCGCCGCGGCGCACCGAGAGCGUGGCCGUCGGACUGGCGCUGCUCGUGCUGCCCGCGCUGCCCGCCACCAACCUCUUCUUCUACGUGGGCUUCGUGGUGGCGGAGCGCGUGCUCUACGUGCCCAGCGUCGGCUUCUGCUUCCUGGUGGCGCUCGGCGCGCAGCGGCUGUGCAGCAGACGUGCCGUCCUCGUGCAGGCCGCGCUCGCCCUCACCGUCCUGGCGCUGGCCGCCCGGACCGUGACCCGCAACGCGGACUGGCGCGACGAGGAGGCGCUGUACCGCUCGGGCAUCCACGUCAACCCGCCCAAAGCUUACGGCAACCUCGGCUCCGUGCUGAGCGCCUCCAACAGGCUGGCCGAGGCCGAGCACGCCUACCGCAUGGCGCUCCGCCACCGCCCCAACAUGGCCGAGGUGCACUACAACCUAGGGAAUCUCUUAGCUGUGAUGAAGAAGUACGACGAGUCGGCCAGAAGCUACGAACAGGCGAUCCACUAUCGACCAACUCUAGCAUUGGCGUACGUGAACCUGGGCCACAUCCUGGCUCGGCAGGGGCGCGUCCAGGACGCCACCGAGGUGUUCCGGAAGUGCGUGCUCAUCCCUUCGACCGGCCUUCGGGACCCCGCGGCCCACGAGUCGGCGCGCGUGUCCGCCCUCGUGCACCUCGCGCACAUCCAGGUCGGGCAGGGUCGCCUGGCGCAGGCCAAGCAGGACCUGGACAUGGCGCUGCAGAUCCGGCCCGCGCACUACGAGACCGGGCCAAUCCUGAAGCUCAUGGCCGAGGUGACCAGCGGGCUCAAGGCCAACGAGACGACGGCCGGCAAGGUCGUCAAGAAGGUCGUCCUGAAGAAGAGGGAGGCCGCCCUGACGUCAACCCCGGGCACUCUGCUCAACGAAAGUCGAUGUGUGACGUCGGAGAGUCGGAGUAGAGUGCUGAGCCAUUCGUGAUGGACUCGUAUGACUGAUGAAGAAGAAUGGGUUGUCUUUGUUUGUUUGUUUGUUUGUUUUUGUUCUUGUUGAUCUCUCUCGGGGAAGAGCUGGAUAUUCGUUUUCAUGUCCUUGCGGAUAAAAUAUUUAUUUGCUCUGUUUACGAAUUUAAAUUGUUGUUAUGUUGUCGAGCUGCAUAUCAGGGGCCAUGAUAACUUAGAUUGCAUGGGAUCGAAAAUUUGAAAGAGGGAUGCGUCAUCUCUUAAAAGAACUGUUAGACUUAUUGUUAACUAUGUAGUUAAGUACUUUGAAUUAUGUGAUUUAUUUACAAAAGUGAUCUUGAGCACCAGGUGCUUAUGUCAGAGGCGAGUGUCUGAAAAGGUGGAACUUGUCCGGUAUUUUCGCGUCUACCGUAUGUGAUCGCGUCUACCGGUACAGCGCAAGUUCAGCUGGUGAAAAAACUCUUUGUGUAUCGAACAUUGAAAAGAGCUGGAAAUAUAUUUGUCUAAAAAACA